CGCAGUUUGCUCUUGAACGUCGUCUAGUCUUCAGCUGUCGCAAGGCACAGUAGCAUGGCGUUCACAAGCCGUAGCUCGGCACAGUAAGCACCUGACGAACCCUGCACCAUCCCGUCCGGACGACCAGCCGAGGAGGCGUCGAACAACAUGUCUGCAAGUUGUGCAGGUCUCACGGGCUGGAUGUCGGCGGUGACAACGAAGCCGCUUGCUCGGGAUAAAGCCUUCGGCCGCCGCCAAAUCGGCACCGCCAUUCAUUAUUAGCGCGGAGGCCCCAAGCAGGCACUCCCAAGUAUGCGUAAGUGUGUUUACACUUCGACCCACAGUGUUGGAGGCGGUGUCUGCUCAUUGAUGCUCAUGGCUGCUGGCGUGGCCUGUUUGUCACACUCACAGAGUAGAGAUAUAAAUGAGUGCGGAGCCAGUGUGACUCGCCGCCAAUCACCCCAGAUGCUGCUGACUGCGCUCCUCCUACUGAUUGUUACGCCAGCGCUCGCCGCACCGUUCGAAGCGGUUGUCCGUGCGCCUGACGAGCCGGGCUCGGACCCGGGCGCCAACUCCUCGGCGCCCAACACUACAACUGGCGACGGCGGCUCUGGCGCUGGCUCUGGCGGAUCAGGCGGCGCGCCAGCCGUCCUGCUGUCCGCCGACACGCGCGCAUAUAUUGACAAGGCGCUGAAGCGGUGGGGCGUCCCCGGCGCCGCCAUCGUCGCCAUCGCCGGUCCCCAGUUUACCAAGAAGACGGGUGACGCCGGCUGGCUCACCGAGUUCUACAACUAUGGUGUGGCCAACGAAGCAGGCGACAAAGUCACGGAAGACACACCGUUUGCGAUCGCGUCUAACACCAAGCUCUUCACUGCCCUCAGUGUGGGCACUGUGCUCGGCGAGAAGAACCUCACCUGGUCGACAAAGGUCAAGGACAUCCUGCCCGAGUGGCAGCUGAUGGACCCGUACGCGUCCGACCAUGUCGACAUCGUUGACCUCGUGGCCAUGCGCUCCGGCUUGCCGGGCCACCCCUUCGCCAAAUCGGGCUUCGGGGGCUACAACGACGCCGAAGUCGUCGCCAACCUCCGCAACCUCCCGCUAUCCACUGAGAUCCGGCAGGUAUACCAGUACAACAACCUACACUACGCGACGCUCGCGCACAUCGUCACCACGCUCUCCGGGACGCCGUAUGUCGACUGGCUCGGCCAGCACGUUCUCGGCCCCUUGAACAUGACGGCGAGUACGUUUGACUACACCAACGUCAAGACAGAGAGCUUCCUUCGUACAGGAGUCAACCUCACGCAGUGUGGGCGCUCGCCUGACCUCGACCACCUCGACCCCGGGUGUUUCGGCUCCAUCAAUAGCACUGGGUGGUGGAACCCGCGUCCGUACAAUAAGGGCGCCGGUGCCGGCGAGGGUGGACUCAUCUCCACUACCCGCGACCUAGCCAAGUGGUUCCGCGAGCUCCUGAUGCCGCGUGUGCUCAGCCCCGACGUGCUCAACGCCGCGGCCACCCCCAUCACCGUCAGUGGCCCCGCAGGUAUGGGCCUUGGCAUUCAAGCCUACGGCGCGGGACAGGUUAUGACGAGCGUCGCGGGCCAGUCGGUCAUCAUGCACGCAGGCACCCUCCCCGGGCAGUUGAGUCUCUUUGUGCGCAUGCCAGAGCUCGGCCUCGCCAUGGGUAUCAUUACAAACGAGGACAUGUACUCGGGCCUCUUCCUCCAACAAGCCAUCGCCUUACGCAUCGCCUCUGAUCUCUUGGGAGUGCCUCCCAUCGAUCUCGAGCAAGAGGCCGCCAACCAAAUCAAGCUCGCCGUCCUACUACCCCCCGUGUCGCCGCCACCCUCCCCAGCGCCUGUACCUUCCGGCUCCGAGCCUGGCGGCACCUACGGGCACCCUGGUUAUGGGACGUUCACGCUCCAGCCCAUGGUCGUAGGGCCCGACUCGCCCAUUGAGUCAGGUAUCACAGCCGGGCUCGCGCGGCUUGGCUUACGCACCACCGACGUACUUUACGCCAAAAUUGAGAAAGGACCUCAAACUCACAUAACGCUCUCUCACUGGGAUGGAGCAGGGUUCAAUCUUACGGCCUUCAGCGUGACGGAGCGCAAUGGAAAGAUCAUUGUCCCAGACGCGGGGGGGUCCUAUAUGGCGAUCGCCACUCCUGAGGGCAUUGGCAUGUUUGGUAACUUCUGGGGUGCGGGCGCAGGCGCGCCAAUGCGCGCACCAUCUACCGAGAACAUGCAGCAAGCCGCUGAAGUGUUUUUCUCGAAGGCCUAGUCCGGACACGAGAGAAGAACGAUGAUUGCUCCACUGUAUCAGCUUCGGAAGGUAGAAGUAAUGAAUGAAUUGCCAGCUG